CACCGAUGCUUUGAACAUCGUCAUCCAUCCGAAAGAUAGACGACGGCGAAGACAUAUUGCCAUGGAAACAAGAUCGAGAGGUGACGUCCAAUUGAGAUUCUAGCCAAAAGGGUUUUGUCCAAAUCCAAGUAGUUGAGCCAACAAGUACAUCAACUAUUUCGCACGCUGCGCCACGUCUCGGUCAUUCAAUUUCUUAGUCGCACACAUUUCGAACGCCGAUUAUGAAGCUGGGGACAGAUCAGAGAUCAUUGGAGAGCCGGAACGGUUUUACAGCAAAAUGACAACUGGUCGGAAUUCGAAGAGUGGAAAGGGGGCCUACCACAAAAGUCAUUCCGCCCAUGGUCCACAGACCCACACCGAGCUUUUUUGGUCCUGUUGUAACUGCGAGCUUUCUGCACUCCCUAAUCCGUCUUGGCACGAUCAAUGUCCCAAAUGCGCGAAAGUACGAUGCGACUCCUGCCUAGUGGAAUGGAUCAAAGUGCGCACGGAUCUAUCUGACAAGUAUUCCGGUACUGGAGCCAGAGACAGUACUUUUCCUUCAAGUGGCAUUCUUUCACCUUCAUACAAGCUGUCUACUGAGUCCGGAACCGGGAUUGAUACGCUUUCUGUUGUGAAUACCGAAGGAAAAUUAUUCAAGCUGAGUCUUACGUCUACAUCGACGUCACUUUGUAUAGACCAACCUCUUGUUGAUAAAGGCAAUCCGCUUAGUACCAGCACGGGUACUAUAGGAUCUGGCUUUGCUCAGAACCUUAUAUCUGCCUCAACUUUGAGUCCAGCAUCAUCCAAAUCUUUGGACGUUUUUACAGACAACAACAACACUCCGAACACGAUCACGGACAACUCUGAGAGAAGCUACUCUAGCGAUGAUGACACUGAAGUCGAUUCUGAUGAGCUAUGGAAGUCUAGAUUUAUUCGCACGCUCGACCAUUGUGUAUUGGCAGCUUGCAGUCAUGACCUAAAACUUGCUGCUUUGCUGAUUCGUAAGAUUCACACAAUCGUGGGAAAUUGGAGUCGCAACGGUAUUUGGAGCCACACACCAGGUGCAAGUGGGGGAGAAGGGAGCGGUGCCUCUGGAUCUAUGAUCGGCAGUGGAUUUUCAAGUGGUGGGCCUUUCAAUCAUCACUCGGAGAAACGACCCUUGGAUGGCGAGAAUGUUUCUGAUCGACCAACGAAGCAAUCAAAGAUUUCUUCCGGCACUGAAGAGUUGGAGAUGAAUACCUCCCCUAAAUCGCCCACGUUUGCAUGCCACUUUUACAAGAAAGAUCCGCGGAAGUUCAAUUUCCGGACAAAUUCAAAAUAUAAGAACUGUCCACAUCCAAGCAUUCCUCCAAAUGCUCUUCGCCGCAUAACAGAUCACUUCAAAAACCACCUUCUUUCGCAAUGUGAUCGCUGCUAUGCCAUUUUCAGAGAUGCAAGGGCUUUAGUCGAGCACCGCCAGCCUUGCGAGAAACAAUCUUCUACAUUGAAGGAGGGUAUCGACGAUGGCCAAUGGGAUAGGAUAAAGGAGAUCGUCAAGAAAUCUACACGGAAGGGAAGGCAAGAAUUUGAAAAGUGGUAUGAUAUUUGGGAGGUUCUGUUUCCUGGAAUUACUCCACCUGCGACCCCUUGUAAGGAUUGAACCAGAACCAGUAAUUACAAGUCCUCUCCAGCUGGACCCCGAAUCUAUGAUGAGCGAGAUAGUAUCAAGAGUCGAGGCUGGUGUUGAACAGGGAACCCUCCCUCGUAAUGAUCAACUAUAUCGAGAUAUUUUCUCUAUUAUACGCAGCGCACUUAGAUUGCAGAGCACCACCCCGACAGUCUCUACGCCAACGGCUACAAAUUAUGUGGGGCAGCAAACGGACAGAGAAAGUCAGAUAUAUAGUGUCCUAACAAUAGAUAACCACAAUAACGAUGCAAAUGGUUCUUCU